ACCACAUGAUUUCAACCACCAAUUUCCACAUAUUUUUCCAACCACACAUCCCUUUGAUUUUCUUUCCCUACAUAAACUGUUAUUCUCAGCCUCUCUUUCCACACAUUUCUAGUAUCAGUUAUUUGAGUGAACUAAGGUUUCAACUUGGAACAAACCAUGGCAUUGAUGGCAGCAAGCUCAGCAGCUGUUGUUAAACAAACUCCUUUCCUUGGUCAAAGGAAGGGUGCUGCCAACCCUCUUAGAGAUGUUGUCGCCAUGGGAACCUCAAGAUUCACCAUGGGAAAUGAAUUGUGGUAUGGACCAGACAGAGUGAAAUAUUUGGGACCAUUUUCAGCUCAGACUCCUUCAUACUUAACUGGAGAAUUCCCUGGUGAUUAUGGAUGGGACACUGCUGGUUUAUCUGCUGAUCCAGAAGCAUUUGCCAAGAACAGGGCUCUUGAGGUGAUCCAUGGAAGAUGGGCUAUGCUAGGAGCACUAGGAUGCAUCACACCAGAAGUACUUGAAAAAUGGGUAAGAGUUGACUUCAAAGAACCAGUUUGGUUCAAAGCAGGAUCACAAAUCUUCUCGGAAGGUGGUCUUGACUAUUUAGGGAACCCAAACCUUGUUCAUGCACAAAGCAUCUUAGCAGUACUAGGUUUCCAAGUUGUUCUAAUGGGUCUUGUUGAAGGCUUUCGCAUCAACGGUCUUCCUGGUGUCGGAGAGGGCAACAACCUCUACCCUGGUGGCCAAUACUUUGACCCUCUUGGUCUAGCCGACGAUCCAGUUACUUUCGCCGAGCUUAAAGUGAAGGAAAUCAAAAAUGGAAGAUUGGCUAUGUUUUCAAUGUUUGGUUUCUUUGUUCAAGCUAUUGUUACUGGUAAAGGACCUUUGGAGAAUCUUUUGGAUCACAUUGAUAACCCUGUUGCCAAUAAUGCUUGGGUUUAUGCCACCAAGUUUGUGCCCGGUUCUUAAACAUCAAUGUUAUCUAUGAUUGCCUUUGUGUGGAUGAUGAUCAGACAUGGCAUUUAUGUGUAAAUUAUGAUCUUAAUUAUUAUUGGAUUAGUGUAUCUGUUUUUGGUUCUUAAGGACUAAUGUUCAUUUUAAAGCUGGAA